UCAGGCGCAGGUCUGAACGUAUUUAUGACCGUAACGCGUAAGUAUAAACUCGGCUUGAGAUAAGAAGAGAGUUAGUUGUCGACACGUGCUCGAGCCGCACGGUAAGGUAUUCCGACAGCUAUUGUCCGAUUUUGUCGUUAGCAUCGCAGAGAAAGUGAAGUUUACCAUGGCGAAAUUAGAAUGUGAUAUAUACAAUGACAUGAGCGAUGACGAUAGUGGAGACGAUUGGGAUGAGAAUGGUGAAGAUGAUUACAACAUUCUGUGUCUAUUUUGUACAGAAACCAUUAAUGGGUUUUCCACUGCACUGCAUCACAUCGAAACCCUCCACCAAUUUAACUUGUGUAAUUUUGUAAAAAGACACGUUCAUGACACUUAUACAUAUAUUAAGUUAAUCAAUUUUAUUCGACAUAAGGAGAUUUUACCUGAACAAUUGAGUAUAUUAGGUGUAGAAGCUUGGGACAAGGAAGAGUACAUGCAUCCUACCAUGGAGGAUGAUCCAUGGUUAAUGUAUGAUAUCGAAGACCUCAUCAAUAUUAGAGAUAUGAGCGAAGAGAGGAUAGCAAAGCAAAUACACUUGAAUAGUAGCAAUGGUAAUGUUACUUUGCCAGAGGUGCAAUAUGAGGAUAUGAAGAAAACAAUACGGUCUCUCACAUCUCAGCUGAAGGAAAGCGAAACAAUGUGUUUCCUGGUGAAACAGCAAAUGGAAGAAAUGAGCGAGAAAGCGCAGAAAUUGAUACUGGGCUGUGAUUCAAAUGGAAAAGAGAAGAGCGUUCCUGUCAGUGCUCACAAUCCCAAUGUUGAUGAAGGAUAUUUUAACACAUACAGUCACUUCGCGAUACAUCAUGAAAUGCUGACAGAUAAAAUACGGACAGAGAGCUAUCGCGAUGCUUUAUUGACAAAUUCUAAUCGAUUCCACAAUUGUGUAAUGUUAGACGUUGGCUGUGGGACUGGUAUCCUGUCAAUGUUCGCGGCAAAGUCUGGCUGCCGCAAAGUUAUCAGUGUUGAUCAGUCUGAUGUAAUCUAUCAUGCUAUGGAUAUAGUGAGAGAGAACAAUCUCAGUGACAUAAUUACUUUAAAGAAGGGUCGUCUGGAGGAUAUUAGUAUCGAAGAGGAGAAGGUAGACGCGAUAAUAUCUGAGUGGAUGGGUUACUUCCUCUUAUUUGAAGGAAUGUUAGACACCGUUAUUUAUGCUAGGGACCACUAUUUGGCACCUGGUGGAGCAAUACUUCCAAAUAGAUGUACAAUUAGUAUCGUAGGAAGCGGUGAUACCAAGAGGUAUAUCGAUCUAGUUGAUUAUUGGACGAAUGUGUACGGCUUCAGAAUGAGUUGUAUGAAAGCGGAAGUGGUGCGCGAGCCUAGUAUAGAGAUCUGUAACGUCGACGAUCUAAUAACGAGCACCGCCGAGAUCCAAGCAUUCGACUUGUACAAUGUCACCACGGACUGCGUUAAUUUCUCAUCUCCCUUCACGUUGAACGUGAAGAAGACGGGAUCGUUAACCGCGAUAGUCGGCUAUUUUGACAUUUUCUUCGAUCUAGAGAACCCGGUACAUUUUAGUACAGGCCCUCACUCCACGCCAACGCAUUGGAAGCAGACGGUAUUCUCUUUGAGUGAGCCAAUCAGUAUAACCGAAGGCGAAGUUCUAACUGGUACAUUGGUUUGUCGGAGACACGUUCAAGAUAUUCGAGGCUUAAUCGUUACGAUCCACAUAAAAAAUUUCAAUCAAAUUUAUUAUUUGAAUUAAACGAUGAAACUUUGAGUGAACCCGUUUCGAAAUAUGCACGAAUAAUAGCCGAAUGUGCCAAAUUCCAAAAUAGGGUCCAGAUAUCGAGUUACAAAGUUCUUCGACUUCCGUUAGACGUUAUCGUGCAAAAGUGCAAGUGCAAGUGCAAGCUGUGCGAAACGUGGUUAAGCUUUUACAGCUUUUUGCAUAGAGUCCGAGAUUUCCCAUAAAUUUAGAAUUUACGAUCUCCAUCUUACUUAAAUGGAGAUGUAACUUUCGCAUUUUGCGCUCUUUCGGAUUCCAGCUUUUUAUUUUUACGCUGGAGAAGUAUAUAUACAUACAUAUAAGCUAGUUUUAACAGUACAUAUCGCAGCGUAUAAUCGUUAGUAUGUAUACCCAAUCUACGCCUUUUCAUCGAAAGCGAGACAUAGGAUGCGACACAGCUUCUUUUGAAUUCGCGAAUGACAAUUACGAGCAAAGCGAAAUAAUCGUUCAUCUAGUAGUUAUUUACAUUUGUGCCUUUUUAAUAGUAGCGCAUCUUUAAACCGAUUAUACAUUUGUAAUAUAAAAUUUAGGGGUUUUUCGCACAGACGAUAGAGUUUCGAGACCUCAUAAUUGACCAUUUUUGGCGUAUAAGCAUCUGAAGCCACGAUCAAAAAAAAGAAAGGAAAAAAAAUGAGAAAAACCUGCAGAGCUUAAUAUACAGACAACGAUAUGUAGGGUUCGCUCAAGUCCAAUUUUUAAUAGAUCACCCUAAGGAAUAUAUUCAGCAAACUAUACGACAUUCUUCGAAGUUUUCCCGUUUCGCUUCUCAGUAGACUUUUUCUCUGACCGAGUUUCACUGAUUCCAUCUCUUCGGCGGAACAAAACCAACACUUGAAUCGUCCGAUUUUAAUAUUAUUAUACGAAUUCUCCUGCCACUCUCUUCUUGCAUGUGAUAUAUACGUAUGUACAAGAACGCGUACCGAAUUAAUAGGGGAUUGUUCGUGCUACCGAAUUAUAAAUCCGCAAUCAAACAACUAAGUGCGAAUUCUGUGAUACGAGAGAAUUAGCUACAUAUAGAGUGUUCAUCGAGGAGCGACUUUACAACGGUGACAACCUCCGCAUUUGUGUACGCGAGGAUCUAAUGCGGAGUAACGCUUAUUUUGCUUCGUAUAUACGUAUACAUACAUAAGUACAUAAAAUCUUUUGCGUAAUAUAAAAUAGCGAAUUUUAAUCCGUGACCCGCGUGUGAUUAUCAGUAAUUAUGAAUAAUUACAAAUUAUCAAUAAUAUGUACAUCGAUAAUCUUUUGAAGUGCAUGCAGGUCGAAAUAAAUCUUUAGGAACUUA